GAUUGGCCGCGUGCCUCCAGCGUGCGCGGGGCCAGCGCGGAAGCUCCUAGCCGGUGGCGGCGAUGUCUAGCCGGUCUAAGCGGCAGUCUCAUGGGUCCACCCGCGGGAAGCGCGAGUCCGAGUCGCGGGGGAGCUCGGGUCGCAUCAAGAAGGAGCGAGACCGCGAGCGGGAGCCGGAGGCGGCGAGCUCCCGGGGAAGCCCGGUCCGCGUGAAGCGUGAAGCCGAGCCGACUGCGCGAGAGGUCCCGGCGCCUGCGCCCCUGGCCGUGAGGGUGAAGCGGGAGCGCGAGGCCGAUGAGGAUUCGGAGCCCGAGCGGGAGGUGCGAGCAAAGAAUGGCCGAGUGGAUUCUGAGGAUCGGAGGAGUCGUCACUGCCCAUACCUGGAUACCAUUAACAGGAGUGUGCUGGACUUCGACUUUGAGAAACUCUGCUCUAUCUCCCUCUCACAUAUCAAUGCGUACGCCUGUCUGGUGUGUGGCAAGUACUUUCAAGGCCGGGGCUUGAAGUCUCAUGCCUACAUCCACAGCGUCCAGUUCAGCCACCACGUCUUCCUCAACCUCCAUACUCUCAAGUUUUACUGCCUUCCUGACAACUAUGAGAUCAUCGAUUCCUCACUGGAGGAUAUCACAUACGUGUUGAAGCCUACUUUCACAAAGCAGCAAAUUGCAAACUUGGACAAGCAAGCCAAAUUGUCCCGGGCAUAUGAUGGUACUACUUACCUGCCAGGGAUCGUGGGGUUGAACAACAUAAAAGCCAACGACUAUGCAAAUGCGGUGCUGCAGGCUCUGUCAAACGUUCCUCCUCUGCGGAACUACUUCCUGGAGGAAGACAAUUACAAGAACAUCAAGCGCCCUCCAGGGGAUAUCAUGUUCUUGUUGGUCCAGCGUUUUGGAGAGCUGAUGAGAAAGCUCUGGAACCCCCGAAACUUCAAGGCACAUGUUUCUCCUCAUGAGAUGCUUCAGGCUGUUGUCCUUUGCAGCAAGAAGACCUUCCAGAUCACCAAACAAGGGGAUGGAGUUGACUUCCUGUCUUGGUUUCUGAACGCUCUGCACUCGGCUCUGGGCGGCACCAAGAAGAAGAAGAAGACUAUUGUGACUGAUGUUUUCCAGGGGUCAAUGAGAAUAUUCACCAAAAAGCUUCCUCAUCCUGAUCUGCCAGCGGAAGAGAAAGAACAGCUGCUCCAUAAUGAUGAGUACCAAGAGACGAUGGUAGAGUCCACGUUUAUGUACUUGACACUGGACCUUCCCACUGCCCCACUCUAUAAGGAUGAGAAGGAGCAGCUCAUUAUCCCCCAGGUGCCGCUCUUCAACAUCCUGGCCAAGUUCAACGGCAUCACUGAGAAGGAAUACAAGACGUACAAGGAGAAUUUCCUGAAGCGUUUCCAGCUCACCAAGCUGCCUCCGUAUUUAAUCUUUUGCAUCAAGAGAUUUACAAAGAACAACUUCUUCGUGGAGAAGAAUCCAACAAUUGUCAACUUCCCUAUCACAAAUGUGGAUCUGAGAGAAUACUUAUCUGAAGAAGUCCAAGCAGUCCACAAGAACACCACUUAUGAUCUCAUUGCCAACAUCGUGCAUGAUGGCAAGCCCUCCGAGGGCUCCUACCGGAUCCAUGUGCUUCACCAUGGAACCGGCAAGUGGUAUGAAUUACAAGACCUCCAGGUGACUGACAUCCUGCCCCAGAUGAUCACAUUGUCCGAGGCGUACAUUCAGAUUUGGAAGAGGCGGGAUAAUGAUGAAACCAACCAGGAGGGGGCUUGAAUGCCAAGGGCUUCAGCUGAAGAUGUUAAGUACAAAUAUUGAAGCUGUAGCUGAAUGUGGACUGACUGGAAGAUUCCUGCCGCAGCCCCGUUUUUAUGGGUCUGGCGGCAUCAGCAUCAAAGAUCCUGUCUGCCCUGUGUCCUGUGCUGUCUCAGCAGUCCUCUGAUCAGCACAGUGCAGGUGAUGCUCCUUCCCUUUCAGCGCCAGCAGGCACAACACCUACAGGUGGAUGCCUUUCUGAAUUGUUGCAAGUAUCAAAGAACAUCGAGUCUUGAGAUCUAAGAAUAAACAUGCAGCUAAUAGCAUCCUUCUGUCUAUCAUAGGUAGAUGGUUUUCUAUAGUUCCCUUCUCUCCCAUGGAACUUUUUGAUGGAUUAAAUAUCCUCCUGUUUUUAAACCA